UGAAAGUGUUGCAGUCACAAGGAGGGGUCGCGUAUUUUUCUGCAAGACGGACAUGUCUGAGGCUUUGUCUCCAAAUUAUCAAUCGAUUUCGUAAGUAAGCCUGUAGAAAACCGAUUUCAAAUAAUCCGUGCGAGGCUGUGAACUGCUGAAUCUCUACCAUGUCUCGGAGUUAUGAUUAUAGAUAUUUAAGAGACAUGGACCCAGCACCAAGGCCAUUUUCAGGUAAGAACUUCUUCGUCCACCUGGCGGGAAACACUAAUGAUGCGCAUCGAGACAUUGUCAGAAUGCUUGUGGACAUCGGACAAAACCAGGUGUCCUCUCCUGGAGCGAGCGACUACCUGCUGGUUUUCUGUCCCAUCGCUUCACGAGUUGGAACGGACAUCAGCGAGGCCUUGGACAACCUUCCAGAUAAGAAUAAACCGGUGAUGCUGGUGGUGAUGCAUCACACCUUCCAACCAGAGCAUGUUGUAAUUCCAAGCAGUCGACAGGUGGACAACCCCAACGUCUUCCUGACUGUGGACGUUCUGUUCUACAACCGUGACCUCCUGAAAAGCACUCGCAAUGAGAUCGCAUGGUCUGAGAUCCAGAAGGCUCUGGGAUAUUCCCCUUCACAGGCUUCCAAACAAAACCCAGGACGUCCCGGAGAAACACAUCUUUUGAUGUCAGAAACUCUCGGGGUCCCCGGUGGCUUCGACAGCUCUUGGUUCAAGAGGAACAUGAAGGUUACUAUCAUAGUCGGUGGUGGUUUAAUUCUCGUGGGGGUCAUCAUCAUUGUGAGCGUGAUAGCGGGUGUUCAAUCGCAAAAGUAAGAUCUGUGAGGGCUGUCACUGUCACGCAUUACAAAACAAAAGAAAUGUAAUUGCAAUUUACAGUAUUAUCACUAAAUGAUUCUUGAAGAGACGAGUAAAUGUGCUCUGUAUUGCAUGUUUAACAAUAUAAUGAUAACUGAAGGAUGGGUUUCUUGUUAUUUCUGUUGUAUUGUUGUGAAUGUUUUGGGCCUAAGCUUUUGAUUAUUAAUAUUGUAUUUAAAGCAUUAUGGGGCGAAAUGAUUGGAGCUGCAGAUAUAGGCAGUAAGUAAGUGAUUAGAUGUGGGGAAAAAGAUGUUAAAGAAAGAGUUACAGUAUGAAAAAUUCAAUAAAAGUGUUUCAAUGUGUGUGUAAAGCGGUGUGUGUCUCAUGUUAGGCAAAAAAAAAAGUAAAAUAAUGAUUGUUGCUGCUUUGUGCUCAUUUAAAGAUCAACAUCAUAUUAAUUAUGAAUAAACCAAAAUGAAUCAAA